AUGUCGGAAUCUGAGAAGCAAAUCGUCGCCGAGCAGUACGGUAACAAUGUCGCUGUUCAGGAUAACAAGCACACCCAGCUUGCCGACUCGGACCAACCACAGAAGGACUACGGCAUUGAGCAACACCACCAUGAUGUCGAGAUUCUCAACAAAGAUUACGACGGCAAGCCUACCGAUGAGGAGCUCGAGACACUUCGUCGCGUUCCUGGAGCCCUCCCAACCACUGCAUACCUUCUCUGCGCAGUAGAGUUCUGUGAGAGAGCCUCCUACUACGGCUGUGCCCAAAUCUGGACAAAUUACAUCAAUCGUCCCCUCCCGAUUGGCGGUAAUGGCUACGGUGCCGUCCCACGUGGUAGCCAAGCUACACAAGGUGCCCUGGGCCUCGGUGAACAGGUCGCCAACGCCACGGGCCAGUCCUUCAACCUCCUCGCCUACUGCUUGCCUCUUGUCGUCGGAUAUCUGGCCGAUACUAGAUAUGGUCGCUAUCCCAUGAUUUUCUGGGGCAUCAUGCUCUGCGGUCUUGGCCACGUUCUCAUCAUUGCUGGUGGUGCCAAGGCCCUCCUCGAGGAUGGUACAGCCAAGAUUCCUUUCUUUAUCGGUGUCUACAUUCUCGCAAUAGGCGCUGCCAUGUUCAAGCCCAACGUCACUCCUCUACUUCUCGACCAGAUGAGAAACCACGUUCCCAAAGUCAUCACCCUCAAGAGCGGUGAGCGUGUCAUUGAAGAUCCCGAGCACACAACUGAACGCGCCAUGCUCUGGUUCUAUCUCCUCAUCAACGUCGGUGCAUUCAUGUCCACAGCCACAUCAUACUCGGCCAGAUAUGUCGGCUGGUGGUUGGCCUUUACACUACCUCUGAUUCUCUAUAUCCCUCUUCCCUUGCUCCUCCUGUGGCUCAAGCCCCGUCUUGUUAUGCACAAGCCUGGUGGAUCUGAUCUCAUCAACGUCUUUCGCGUUGUUGGUCACUGCAUGGCCAACGGUGGCAUUUUCCGCAUCGGCAAGACUGGAUGGUGGAAUGCUGCCAAGCCCUCGGUUAUUGCAGCCCGUGGUAGCUCCGAGACUCGCUACAAUGACGCCUUUGUUGAGGAUGUCAAGCGUACCAUGCAGGCCACCGGCAUGUUCUGCUUUUUUCCCGUUCAGUUCUGGAACGACAAUGGUCUCGGUAACGCUGCCAACUACCUCGGUACCAUGCUCCGUGGCAACGGUGUUCCCAAUGAUGUCAUUGGCAACUUCAACACCCUCAGCAUCAUUGUGCUUGGUCCCAUUCUCAACUAUGGUCUAUACCCUCUUCUUCGCGCUCGUCGCGUUCACUACGGCCCGAUUGCCCGUAUCACAACUGGUUUCCUCAUCAGUACUCUUGCCGGUGUUGGCUAUGCGCUGCUGUGCUGGAAGGCCUACGAAACUAACCCUUGCGGUUACUACGGCUCGUCGGACCCGCGUUGCGUUGAGGGCGGUCUCGUAUCUCCCAUCUCUCUUUGGUGGGAGGCUAUCCCGUACGCUCUCGGUGGUUUCUCCGAGCUUUUCAUCAACGUCCCCGCCUACGGCAUUGCCUACUCGCGCGCUCCCAUCAACAUGCGUGGUCUCGUGUCCUCGAUCAACCUGUUCAACACUGGCUUUGCCUACAUCAUCAACCUGGCCACUUCGGCUGCCAUUGCUGACCCCCACCUGAUCUGGGUCUUUGCCGGUCCUGCCAUACUCGGCGGAAUCGUCACGGUCGCCUUCUGGUUCAUCUUUAAGCACAUUGACAAGGAGGAGUACGUCUUAUCUACCAACCAGGUUAGCGAGGCUACAGGCACCCGCGACUACUUUGAUGAGAAUGACAUCAACGAAAGCGGCAACCGCCCACCUUCUAUUACUGCCAAUGAGCAGACUGGAAUUUCACAAAAGAUUUAA